AUGUCACAACCAAAGGGCAUGUCCUCGAGACUGCUCACGAUGAAGUUUAUGCAACGCGCAGCUGCUUCCGGAGCUGGAAAUAACUCUUCUCGCGUACAAACACCACCAGACUCUCCAAGUCGGAGGCUAGACGAUGAUACAUCUACUCCUUCGUCUAAGCGACGGAAAUUUGAGAAUUCACCCUCACACCGAGCAAGUGCCAACGGUUCAGAUAUGGAUGCCAUAUCAGCGGCCAUUCGGGCUGAAGACAGCAAGCGGUCAGCAGCUAUAGCACGACAGGCAGCGGAUGCGGGAGAAACUGAAUGGGUGCUGGAGUUUCCUGCUGGAACUAUAAAAUCUGUAGCACCCCAGAGGCGCCCAGCACCGAUUGCUAAACCGAUGUCUGAAGCUGACGCAGAAGGCGAACCUGCAUAUGAAGGAAGAAAAAGCUAUGGAGGUUUUAAGAAGAAGCGCCAAACAGAGGUCCCUGAGCCUUCAGAAAUAGCUAAAUCGGAUCCAAAGUCCAAAGACACUCGUAAAGACCACUUUAACGAUGCUGUGAGGAUAGGCCAGAUCUCAUCGGGAGGCGGCAACAAAGGAAGCAACUCACAUGGGGGGAGGAGACACAAAGGUCGAUAA